UAUAUAAUGGGCUUUAACCCAACAGACACAUAAAUAGGUGAAUAGUAACAUCAACAAGAAAGUAAUCGAAGAUACGACCGUGACGGCUAGGGCAGAAGAAGACAUGAAAUUCUCCAAAUCAACGAUGGUAACUGCAAAUCGUUUCACUCCUCCCCUUCCAAUCGUGCUGUAAUCGAUUUCGCUUCAUGUGCAUAUCAAUCACAACAAAAUAGAUCUCAACAAAAUCACAUACUUCAAAUCCUUUUAGUAUUGGUGUUUGCCUUCUUCUGUUUCAUUUGUACAGAGUCUGAGGAAGGGAAAGAGACUUUAUUAUUCAAGCAGGAUCACCAACAAUGGGAAGAAUGGUAACUAGAAGCCAGCGACUUAAAUUAUUAAAUCAUGAUUCACACUCCAACGACAACUCAAAUACUAGUAGUAAGAGAUGUAAAGUCAUUUCAGACUCCAACAACUCAAAUACUAGUAGUAAGAGAUGUGAAGUGAUUUCAAAGGUGCUGCUCCCUCAAGACUUGAUGCUUCAUAUACUUACUUUUGUUCAUGUCAAAUGUCUUAUUAACUCUGCAAGGUAUGUUUGCAAAUCCUGGGCCACUACUAUUCGAACCUCCCAAUUUGCUCUAGCAUGCCUAUCACAUUCUAAACCCGGUAUUUAUGUUGAUGAUCGUGACUCUAGAAGUAAAUCUUAUUUCUUGGAUAUCAAAAGUUAUGUGAAUGGUCAGUUUGAAUUUGAAAGGACUAGUAAUUUCAGAACACCUUCAAGAACAGGAACUGUUAUUGCCAGCUGUAAUGGCAUAUUGCUGCUGUUUCGUCAGCGCAACCGCCCUACACGGACACAGAUUUUUCUUUUCAAUCCUGUCAUCAAGUGUUGCCUUAGAACUCCUCCUUUACCCCUGCAACUUGACAAAACUCCUCCUCCUCAUUUUCCCGGUUUACAUGAUCGACUACAACUUGUGUGUCAGUUUACUCUAGUGUAUGUUCCUCACACUGCUAAAUUCAAGCUGUUCUUCGCAGACAGCGUAGAGGUUGUUUCAGGUGCUUUUUAUUAUGUUUUCUAUGUGCUAACAAUUGGAAUAGAUGACUCGUGGAGAGUGAUAGAUAGAAAAGAAGCUCCCAUUCAACUGCGUGGUAUUUGGAAACCACUUUAUGAUGGAAGCAAUUAUCUUUACUGGACAAAUAUACAUCGGGGAAUAAUUGUUGUGGAUGUUGAGAAAGAGAUUACUGUUGGAAAUUUUUCACUUCCCCCUGUGCUAAUACGUCCUAGUCUCACAUUCUUAUAUGCGGCAAAUCAGCUUUCAUUCCUAUGGAUGGGAAAUCUGCUUUCUUGUGUUGUGCGUAAACAUGUUGAUGACGGCGAAGCAUAUCAUAUCUACAUUUUGGAUUUUGAUUCCGGAAAAUGGUCUCUUUAUCAUGAGAUGGAACCUUUUGAUUUUGUGACUACUUCCGGCCGUAAGCUUUGUAUUGUAAGUCUUUUAUUUCGUUUCUGGAUCCACGAUCAAGUCAUCUUUAGAGUAACUACACUGCAUUUUAACAAUGAAAACUUGCCUGAAGGAAGGUGCACCGUGCAUUUUAGUUACAGUGUCAAGACUAGAAAACUCACAAAGAUUGAGGCCAUUGCCAUGGCCAAUAAUGAGGUAUGGCUUCACACCAACAGUCUAAUUGCAUUGCCGAGUAGGAGUACUCCAACAUAGUUAGAAGUAUUUAUCUUUCUAUUUAGUUAUGAAUGUUGGCUUUGCCAAACAAAAGAUGAAUUUGUAAGAUGGUUAGUUUAUUUUAUUUAUCAAACUUGGAGAUGGAAACAUUUGAUGUGUGUUUGCCGAGUUAAUCUACUUAUUCUGUUUUGACGA